AUGGAGGCGGAGGCAGCCAGUGGUAGCGCCAGCGAGGACAGCUGGUCGAAGGUGGGUACAUCGCUUCCCGUCACGAGCGUGCAGGCCCUGGUGGCGUCCGCCGGCGAGCUGACGGUCGACAAGAUCGGACGGUAUGUCCAGCCGGACAUCGACGCGCACGCCGUUCUCCCCGAGCUGUCCAACGAAGUUCCGGUGAUCGACCUAAGCAAGCUCUUGAGGGCCGAGUCAGCUGAAGCUGAGGCUGCCAAGCUCAGAUUUGCCUGCGCGGAGUGGGGCUUCUUUCAGGUAUGGUCACUCAAGGAUUAA